UUUUUUUAAUUUUAUUUUAUUAAUUAUUUACUCUAUUUACUAAUAAUUUUAAAUUUUUCUGAUGUCUACUACAUUCACACUCAUUUUACGAAAGCUUGUGAUGAUCCUGAAAUCAGCCGAACUAUUGUACAGUCUACAUAUAUAGUCGUCACGCUGCCAUUAAGAUGGACGCCAUUUUACUAAAUGUGAAAUCAUUAACUGAGAAGUUUAUCAAAAGCGAUUGCAUGUGCAAUCCAAAUUAUUUUCGCUAUAAAGAAGGUGCAAAACUUUGCUUAUGUGAGAAUGAGUACAGGAAAUUGAAGAACUACGUGGGUUACUGCAAAUAUUUGGAACAUCAGGACUCAAUCCAUCAUUACGUUUUUGAUGAACUAAAUAUAAAAGCAGAAGGAAAAUAUAUUUUAUCAAUCAUCGACACUACGGAAGCGCAAAGAGGGGUCGCGAUGUUCAUGAUUACUGAAAUUGAAAAAAAACUUGAAUACUUAAAUGCCAGAAAAAUCGUAACUAAUUCAUCGUACACAGAGAUUCAUGAUAAAGUCAAAUUAUUAAAAAAGGCAUAUCCAGAAGCAGUUGCACUUUCAACACAAUUACGUGAAAUCAAAAAUAAACUGCCAGAUUUUGAUGUUAGGUGUUUUCGUUUGAGCUGUAAUAUAGCGGAACACACCUCGUUCACCAGAAAUGAGGAAACUUAUAAAAAUAUACGAAAAUUAAAAGAGUCAAAUUAGUUAAAUAUCUAAAAAAAAACUUUAUUAUUAUUAUUUUUUUAAAUGAUACACAAAUAUGAGUAAUAAGUUGUGAAAUAAAGUAAUAAAACACUAAUUAUUACUAAAACAUGCGGAGUAAUGUGGUAUAUAAUUGCUCAACAUAUCGUUUGUUGGCUGUCUUUGAUUGUUAACUUCGCCGUAAUUACAAUUAAAUUAUCGAUGGUUAAUCGAUAAUAUUCCAUAGGUUUCAGAUUUGCUCGAAUAUUUUUUAUAAAAUUCGUAAUUAACAAUUGCAAUCAAACGUAAAAUAAUUUUUAUUACUGGACAUAUUACCGCCAAUAAGCCAGCAGUUGUUGCAAAUAUUGUGCAUUUUAGCGGAUCGAUUGCUUGUUGGAAAGCUCCAAAUGUUAAUAUUGUGUAAACUAAUAAUAUUGUGUAAAGUUCCAAAUAAUAACGAUGCCUUUGACUCGAUAAAAAAAAAAUAAUUAGUAAUAGUAAUGGCAUUGGUCUAGAACUUGGGUUCCACUUAAAUAAUUACACAGAAAAAAAGGAUUUCUUGACACAAAAAAUUUUUUCCCAGCCCAAGAAAUUUUUUGCAUUAUGAAUUGAAAACAGAAAUUUUCUUACGGCGAGAAUGAAUUUUUUCAGAGCAAGAAAAAACUUUUUGAGUCAAUAAAUUUUUUCUCGUCCCAAGAAAAUUUUUGUAUUCAAUUUAAAAUACAAAAAAAUUCUUGCGCCCAGAAAUUCUUUUUUUCUGUGUAGUAAUAAAUUGUAAAUUAUAAUUUACUUGAUUUCAAAUAAUCAGUCAGUCCAACGACAGCAAUAAUUGCUGCGUAAAAUAAUUCUCCAAUGAUAUUUUAAGUAUUCAUUUUUAUUUUUUAAUUCAAUGCAUGAAUUACUGAUGACUUUUUUUUUAUGACUUUCCAACAAGGAUUCGACACGUAGGAUUCGGUUAAUAAUUAAUUAUGAAGAAUGCAAACAAACUUUAUUAAUUAUUGUGUAGGCGGGAAAAUUUGAAUCAUAUUUUUAUUUUUUAAUAGAUUAAAUAACUUGAUUACAAUUGUUUUUUUUUAUUUAUCCAAAUAUAUUUAGUACAUUGCGAUUGAUAAUAAUAAUUACAAAUGUGAGCUAUUUAUUUAUAAAAAUAAUAUCAGCGUGAAUGUAGCAGACAUCAGACAAAUUUAAAAUUAUAAAUAAAUAGAGUAAAAAAUUACGACGCGAAUAAGUGUACAGAAAUAGGUGGGAUAGAAUAAGGGAUAAGCGUGCGGCACGAUAACGUGUCACAGGGUAGGAUAUUCCGAACACAGGUUUUUUUCUGUAUCUUUAAACACUACGAAAAAAUUAAUAAAUUAACAUUUUUUAAAAAUGCGCAUUUAAAAAACUUUGAAAUUAAUAAGUGCAUUUUUUUAAAUAUUUUUUUUUUUUUUUCAAUUAUUUACUCCAUUUAUUUAUAAUUUAAAAUUUGUCUGAUGCCUGGUAAAAAUAAUAAUAAUAUUUUUAUAAAAUUCUAAUAACCAUAUGAGACAUUAUUUUAAGAGGAUACAAAAAAAUUUUUUUUUUUAAUGCAGAACUAGUGUGCAUCUUGAUCUGCGCAUGCGCGAGAAACAAAUUUCCAAGAAAGCACCCAGCACCCAAAGCUGUUGUACUUUUGCGCAUGGGCAUUGCUAGGAGUCGCGAAUGUGGAUGAGCUGCGGCAAGCCCUGGGUACAGACGUCGAUGGAAUCCAAAAAAAAAAAACCAAAGUUCGGGUCAUCAAGUCAGAGGAUGACAAAAGUAAAGAUCAGAAAGACAAUAUCGUAGCGACAGAUGAAAUAGUCUACAAGGAUUCGUCAACAUUUUUAAAAGUAUGCUCCAAGAUUUCCUGGUUAAAUCACCAUGUGGAACCCAGUCAUCAAAUCCUCACAAUGAUUACUGUCAGCAUUUUAUUGACACCGGACAGCGUCCGCAGAAUUUUAUCCGCGAUGUCGGGCUGGCUGACAGAUUCGAGGAGUAUCCGAAACUCCGUGAGUUAAUAAAACUCAAGGAUGACUUAAUAUCGGAGACAGCAACUCCGCCGAUGUAUUUGAAGACGAAUUUAUCAACUUACAAUCUCAAAGAACUUAAUUGCAAGUUCGAUGUUAUUUUAAUAGAGCCUCCAUUGGAAGAAUAUCAGCGGACAUGCGGUGCUACAAAUGUAGAGCUUUGGAACUGGGAUCAAAUAAUGGAACUAGACAUUGGAGAGGUCGCAGCUAAUCGCAGUUUUGUAUUUCUCUGGUGCGGAAGCAGCGACGGUCUUGAUAUGGGACGUUUCUGUCUUCGCAAAUGGGGCUUCCGUCGUUGUGAAGACAUCUGUUGGAUCCGUACCAACAUAAAUAACCCGGGUCACAGUAAAAAUCUUGACAGCAAAGCUGUGCUUCAGAGAACUAAGGAGCAUUGUUUGAUGGGAAUAAAAGGAACUGUUCGUAGAUCAACUGACGGUGACUUUAUUCACGCCAAUGUUGAUAUUGAUCUGAUUAUUUCUGAAGAACCUGAGUACGGUUCUAUUGAGAAACCUGUGGAAAUAUUUCACAUCAUCGAGCAUUUCUGUCUCGGAAGAAGACGGCUGCAUUUGUUCGGCAGAGACAGCACGAUACGCCCAGGAUGGUUGACAGUCGGUCCGGAGUUGACCAACACAAAUUUCAACGCCGACUUGUACAGUGGCUACUUCGCUUCCGGGCAAACUACGACUGGUUGCACAGAAAGAAUUGAGGCUUUGAGACCUAAAUCUCCGCCGCCGAAGGGUAAAGUUGCGGGACGAGGUCGUGGGGCCUUCAAUCGUGGCGGUCGUGGAAGAGGAAGAUAAAUUUUACAUUAAUUAUUAACUUGAUAAAUUUUUAUAAAUAAUUUAGAAUAAAUGACGACUACUUGAGCAUUUUUUUUAUAAAUUAACUUGGGAUAAAUAUUAUAAUUUAAUUGUAUAAAAUAAUGUAAAAUUUUAGAUAAUUAUAAUUUUUUAAUUCCUG